ACCUAAAAUAACACAAAAUAUCAGUUUGUUACAAAUUGCGGCAGAAUUGUGCGAUUUUGACGCAAACUGUGUAAUUUUGUGCAAAUGACCACAACUAAACUUCUCUUGAACCUGAAUGAUGUUUACCAUGCCUUGAUAAUCAUCCAAGCUUCGAUUUGCUUGUUGUAUGUUGUUAUCAACCCAGAUCUGCUCAAUAAGGCCAUUUACAGCUUCUCGCAUCUUCUUAGCUCUAGCUCUUGUGACUGGACCUCCUGAAAUAUAAUUAUCCGUGGUGUUCAUCCUCGACUUAUCAAUCAACCCUUCCAUAGUUGAUUGUGGCGUCUUCUCCAUACCAAGGUUCUUACCUCGUCCUAGUGUGGUUAUUGAUGGUGGUAAUUGUACUAACGUUGCUAGCACAACCAUGGUAGAAAAAUUAGGAUUGCCUACACUAAGACACCUUAGUCCGUACAAGUUGCAAUGGUUGAAUGAUAGUGGCGAGGUAAAGGUAAACAAACAGGUGUUAGUUGCAUUUCGAAUCAGAAAAUACGAAGAUGAGGUACUUUGCGAUGUCAUUCCAAUGCAUACUGGGCACUUGUUGUUAGGACGACCAUGGCAGUUUGAUCGACAAGUCAAGCAUGAUGGGUUUACCAACAAAUACUCUUUUGUACUCAAUCAGCGUCGAAUCACUCUUGUUCCUUUGACACCCCAACAGGUGAUUACGAGGAUGUAUUUCCCAAAGAAACACCACCUAGAUUACCUCCAAUAUGAGGGAUUGAACGUCAAAUUGAUUUUGUACCUGGUGCGACAAUUCCAAACGGACCAGCCUAUAAGAGCAAACCCCGAGGAGACAAAGGAGCUUCAGAGGCAGGUAAGUGAAUUAAUGGAGAAGGGGUACGUGAGGGAAAGCAUGAGUCCAUGUGCUGUUCCUGUUCUACUUGUGCCUAAGAACGAUGGGACUUGGAGGAUGUGCGUUGAUUGUCAAGCCAUCAAUGGCAUUACGAUAAAGUAUCAACAUCCUAUUCCUUGCUUAGAUGACAUGUUAGAUGAGUUGCAUGGUGUAGGUAUUGGUGCAGUACUCAUGCAAGAGGGUCGACCAAUUGCGUACUUUAGUGAAAAGCUAAGUAGGGCAGCUCUAAACUACCCACCUUAUGACAAGGAGUUAUACGCAUUGCACUUGAAAGGUCAACACAAAUUGAACAAGAGGCAUGUGCGAUGGAUGGAGUUCAUCGUGACGUUUCCAUAUGUCAUUCAGUAUAAGCAAGGUAAGGAGAAUGUGGUUCUGAUGCACUUUCUCACAGGCUUGCCUAGGACUAGCCAUGGAAAAGAUUCAAUUUUUGUGGUUGUGGAUAGGUUCUCUAAGAUGGCACAUUUUAUCCCAUGUCAUAAAACGGAUGAUGCUUCACAUAUUGCUGAUUUGUUCUUUAGGGAGAUUUUGAGAUUACAUGAUUUACCAAGUGAGUACAAUGUUAGUGCCACUUUCAAUGUUACUGAUUUGAGUCGUUUUGAUGCAAUAAACGAUUUGAGGACAAAUCCUUUUCAAGAGGAGGGGAAUGAUGUAAAUCCAGUUCAGAAAUCCCUUGUUGUGCUGUGGGUCUCAUUGUUCUCAUUGGGGUUCCCAUCAUGUGGGGUCAUCUUGAUUCCCAUCACCCAGAACUCAAAUUUCAGCAUGGACAAAAUUAUGAGUGGUAGAGGGGGCCAAAGAGAGCAAAAUCUGAUGAGGUGGGGAGAUCAGCAAGAUCGUGACUUAGGUAGCAUCAAGAUGAAGAUUCCUCUGUUUCAAGGCAAAAAUGAUCCAGAUGUGUAUUUGGAGUGGGAAAAGAAGGUGGAAUUGGUGUUUGACUGCCAUAACUAUUUUGAGGAGAAAAAGGUGAAACUAACAGUUGUGGAAUUUACUGAUUACGCUGUGGUGUGGUGGGAUCAGCUUGUGCUUAGUCAACGUAGAAAUCGAGAGUGUCUUGUUGACACUUGGGAAGAGAUGAAAGCUGUGAUGAGAAAACGAUUUGUUCUUAGUCACUACUACCGUGAUCUCUAACAGUGAUUGUAGGGCUUUACUCAAGGGUCCAAAAGUGUUGAGGAUUAUCACAAAGAGAUGGAAAUUGCAAUAGUUAGAGUGAAUGUGGAAGAAGACAAAGAAGCAACUAUGGAACGAUUUCUGCAUGGCUUAAAUCGUGAUAUAGCUAAUGUGGUCUACCACAUUAGAAGAUAUGGUGCCUAUGGCAAUGAAAGUAGAACGACAAC